AGCUUAGUUCGUUCAUGUGUAGAUAGUUUUGAACAUAAUAUAACACAAUGCAUUCGGAAGAAAAGUUAUUCUUUCGAAAAACUGUCCAACAUUUAGCUAGAUCUUUGGCUGCUAUCAAGGAUUUGCCAUGGGAAAAGGUCAACACCUUAUACUCGCUAUGCCCUCAGGAGAACGUGCAGGGCAUUUUCAGGCUAGACCAGCGUGGCCAGGACGCGGUCAUUGCACUGGGAAUCUAUUUUCUCGAAUCUGGAACUCCGCAUGUCGACAAAAUAUUGCCCUACUUGAUUCGACUGUUGAAAGGCCUCCUGAAAGCUGUAUGGCUUGAUGAAGUUGCCAGUUCUACAUUGGACCGGGUGCCGGUGGCAGAGAGAUUCACUUUCUGCCUGAACACGCUGCUGAGUGACAUCGCUGUCAAAUUGGAGUCGCACCGUGAGGAGAUCAUCUCCACACAGGUCAAGUUCCUCGGGGACAUCACUAACGUGUGCCGUAGUGCUCUCAAAGAGGACAGUCGAAAUCCACGCAACAAGUUAACUUUGGGCAAAGCAGUGAUACCAAUUCUGAUCGGCUUCACUCGGUCGAUGGGUCGUUUCCCCGCCAGAGACCCUCCUCUCCUGUGCCGUCUGUUUCCCAAACCGGAGAGGCCACGCCCCCGGGCUGCCGCAACCAAUCAGAGCGCAGAUCUUCAGAUUGUCAAGAAGAAGAGCUUCUCAAAUUUCAGAUCAAUUAUACCGAGAUCUCUCUCUGGAAAUCUGAACUUGACAACUCUUGAUAUUCUAACACUGAGCUACCUGGAUCCGACUUCUGACAUGAGUUCGUUGAGCAAUGACAGCAAAUCACAUCACCCCAUUCCGUACGAUCCGACGACUCACUUUUUCUGCAAAUAUGGCUCCAGUUUCAAUCAGUUUCCGCAGAUGCGGUUUUCCGAAUCGGCCGAGAGACGCGCCACCUGUCUCGAGUUUUCCGUCAUACAUUUGCAGAAUGUUCUAUCGUGUGCCAAAAAACUUCUCACCGAAGAGAUGCUAGUCUUUCUCGAUCGUCAGGCGAGCGAAAUCCAUCAGGCUGGCAGUUUGAAGAUUUUCCCCUAUCGCAGUUUCAGUGAAACCCUCAAUCUAGUUAUGGUGACGCUGUUGAGAGAGCUACUGCACUAUCAGACAGAUCUUCCACCACCGUUCACAAAAGACGUGCAGGAAUUUGUGAAAGGCCUGUUUCUGUCGGGUCAAACCGAACUGCAAUCUCGACACCACGACGCAAGCGAGCGCGAAGACAAGGAGACCAAUUUCGCAACCGUCAACAAAUUCAAAGUGAAUGUUAUGGCUAACUCGGCUUGUGUUGAUCUACUUGUGUGGGCUAUUGGCGACGAAACUGGUGCUGAUAGCCUUUGCAGCAGACUAAAUGGAAAGAUAAAUUCCACACAAAAUUUGAAACUAGUUUUAGCUCAUAUGCCACUACUGAUGGUCUGUCUAGAGGGUUUGGGAAAAUUAGCGGAAAAGUUUCCCAACAUUGCUAGCACGUCCAUUCAGUGUUUGAAAGAUUUCUUGGUGUCUCCCUCUCCAAUAUUGGCCAAACUGCAUAGGAUCCACUCAGACAGAGCUCCUCACGACAUUAUUGUGACGGUGGAAGGAUCAGAAGUACGUUCAAUCACGGAGCAGGUGCCUAUCAACCAGACACCUUUCGAGAAGCUGAGAGACGCGGCCAUUGAGAACCUCUGCAAGGCGCUGCGUUCGGCUCACAGCCUGGACCCCUACUGUGUGCCCGCCCUGGUUGCUUCUCUCUCCAACCGACUGUUUACUGCUGAGAAGAGUGAUGUUGAAUCGACGCUGAUACCAAUGAACACAAUUGUGAUGCUGGGUCACAUAGCCGUCUCCCUGAAGGACACGCCCAAGACCACCGACACCAUCUUGCAGUUCUUCCAGCAGCGCUUCUGUCGUGUGCCAUCCGCAGUCGACGUCCUCAUAGUCGACCAGCUCGGCUGUAUGAUCAUCUCAAAGUGUGAGCUGAAUAUCUAUGAAGAAAUCAUGAGAAUGUUCGUGAUGAUAACUGUGGAAGCCAGUAAUGCCGCAUACAGUAAUGAUAGAACCAAUCAAUAUAGACAUGUAUCAGGAGCUGUUAUCAAUGCAUUGGCGAAUAUAGCUGCCAACCUACAGGGUGACUCUGAAAUGAACGAGCUGCUUGUUCGCCUUCUAGAACUUUUCGUGCAGCUAGGAUUGGAGGGGAAGCGGGCAUCCGAGAAGGCUCCUGCCUCAAAUAAGGCGUCCAGCAGUGCAGGUAACCUGGGAAUGUUGAUACCAGUGAUAGCAGUGCUCCUGAGACGACUAGCUAUGAUUCGUCAGCCGAAGCCGCGACUGCAUAAGCUGUUCCGAGAUUUCUGGCUCUACUGUGUCGUCAUGGGGUUCACUACUGAUUCAGGUUUGUGGCCUGCUGAAUGGUACGACGGAGUGAAACAGAUAGCGGUGAAAUCUCCCUUCCUUGUCUCGCAGACGUCUUCCCGGUCGGAGAUGCGUGAACUGCAAUACACGUCAGCCGUCAGGAACGACAGUGUCUCGUUGAACCAGUUGCAAGAACUGAAAACGCAGAUCCUUAAUCUGCUGGAGAAUCCUCCCGAGGUGACGGCGUUCGUGAACAAACUGCUGUUUGCCCAGUGCACCUACUUGCUGUCUGUCUACUGGCUGGAGACAUUCCGCGUGGAGAAUUCAGCUGAGCCCAGUCUGCAGCCUAUGUUCGAGUACCUAAUGGACACGGCCAUCAUCAAGGACAAGUAUGGAAUGUGGCAGUGCAUCUCAAGUGUUGGCGACAGAGUGUUUGCGAUGUUUCUGAACGCGAUGUCGCGUAAGCCGAAGGACGAGAGUCGCGAACGAGAGCUGGAGGCGCAUGCGCAGUUGCUGCUCAUCAAUUUCAACCACAUUUACAAGCAGAUUCGACGAGUGGCUGACAAGUACUUGUCGGGAUUUGUUGAUAGGUUUCCUCACCUGCUGUGGAACCGUAGGGUAUUGUGGAGCAUGCUUGAUAUUCUGCAGGUGUUGUCCUAUUCUCUGGAGCUGGAUCCCAACGAAGAAACACCCACUCUGAAAGUGCCCAGCACACCCUACAGCAUUCCACUCAUGGACACGCUCGAAGCUAGAGAGAGCAUAGUAAACGACUUCGCCGCCAGAUGUCUCGGUAUCGUCCAGGAGGCUAUGAAGUGGGCACCCGAUGUGACCCGUUCCCACCUGCAGGACUACCUCAACCAGAUCCCCUGCUCGGGUCUAUGGCAUCACUCGGGUCUAGCAUUGGCCACCGAGAGCAUUCUCAACUCCAAGGGACUCAAUUUGCAGUCGGCGCCACUGUCUACGAGUACGCUGGACAAGCGGCCGAAAUGUGUGAUCAGCGAUUCGUCGCGGUUUGUGUCUUCACUGAGCAUGCGCAGUCGGUACGCGGGUGAAGUGCAGGGUCUGCUGAUGGCCGCCUCGGCUGGCCAAACGCCAAGUGAUGCGUUGGUUGACACUCUCAUCGAACAAGUGUGGCAAGCAUGUCGCGAACAGGCGGACGAUAGUCGCGCGCACCAGAAUGCGCUGUGGCGCGCCACCGCUAUGUUGAUUGAGUCGCCUGGUGUGAACAGGAAGCUGUUACACGUGGUGGCGUGGUCGCAGGUGGAGUUAUUGACAGAGGUGGCCAUGAUGACAGCAGUCGAGUGCUGGCAUUGGUUGUUCACAGCCAGACCCGACCUUGAACUGCAGUUCCUACAGGAGAUGUUUGCUGCCUGGCAGUGUACUGUGGAUAAGAGACUGGGUCUGUUCUCACCUGAAGAGGAAGAAGUAAGUCCCCUGGCAGCCUAUGAGGGAUGUGAGUUGGAACCUAAGCCACCCUUCAUCAAACCGCAUGACAUCUGGGUUCAGUUUAUCGGCGAGCUGGUGGAGACAGCCAAGUACUGUAGCCAGGAGAAGGUGGAGAUGAUUGCGAUGUUCCUGCACAAGUCACUGCCAAUGGUGGUGGGGGGUCAGGAGCCCCAUCAGAACAGGCAUGUGGCGGCCGUCAGUGUCCGAUUCAGGCUGUUGCAAUGCGGCCUGUCACUGUUGCAAGGUGACGUGCUAGCCAGGUCGCUGAGCAAGAACGUGUUGCGUGAGCGUGUCUACUGCACGUGUCUGGACUACUUCUGCGGCGCACCCCGGCCCCCCUCGCAGCGCAGUGCCGAUCUGCGUGACGACAUACACGUGUUGAUCCGCUUCUGGCAGACUAUGCACUCAGACAAAAAGUAUCUGCUUGCCAGUGUUGUCGGAGACUUUGACGUGUCAGCUCUGGACGGUGGACAGGGUGGGGGUGGCGGCACUAUGACGUCAUCCUCAACUACCACCACUGACAUGCGGCUGGGAGGUGGAAGCGCGGCUGGGGGCGGAUCCACGUUGACAAGGGGCGGGGCGACGUUGUCAGGGGGUGGAGUCAAUGAGUUGCCCCGCCCCCAGACGGCCGGCUCAUCGACCAGCGGAUGGAUCAACACUGUUCCACUGUCGGUUUCCACCAAUACGCUCACCAAACGGUCUACGAGGUCGAAACGGCAGGUCAAUCAGGGCGAUCUCUUCGUCAAGGACUAUAUCAAGAAGAGGAAUCUGAUUUUGGAUUUGCUGGCGGUGGAAAUAGAAUUUUUGCUGAUCUGGCACAAUCCGACGAGCCGGGCCGAGCUGCACUUCCAGGGCGAGGAGAUGGUGGCCAACUGGAAGGCCAAGACUGUCUCGGAGCGGACUCUGAGGGACACCGCUCGGCUAGCGUGGGACAUCAGUCCCAGUCUGGCUGUCUUCCUGCCUGUCAGAUUGAAAAAUGCAGACAGCAUAGUGAAGGAGGUUUCUAGAUUGGUGCGUCUGAACCCGACAGUCGUGUCUCACAUUCCUCAGGCUCUCCAGUUCCUUGUCACUACCGAAACUCUACUCAACGACGCACCUGAGCUGGUGUUUAUGCUGAGUUGGGCGCGAGUGUCUCCUGUGCAGGCGUUGUCCUACUUUUCGCGGCAAUACCCGCCUCAUCCAAUCACAGCGCAGUAUGCGGUCCGCGUGUUGGCCAGCUAUCCGGCAGACGCCGUUCUCUUCUACAUUCCUCAACUGGUGCAGACGCUCAGGCAUGACACUAUGGGCUACGUGGUAGAGUUCAUCAAGUACAUAGCGAAGAAGUCGCAGGUGGUCGGCCAUCAGCUGAUCUGGAACAUGAAGACAAACAUGUACAUGGACGAGGAGAUGCAGCAGAAGGACCUCUCGCUCUACGACACCCUCGAGACCCUCGUGCAGAGCAUAGUCGGCACUCUGUCGGGUCCGGCCAAGUCUUUCUACGAGCGAGAGUUCGACUUCUUCAGCGAGAUCACCAACAUUUCCGGCCAGAUCCGACCGUUCCCGAAGGGACCCGAACGGAAGCGAGCAUGUCUCGAGGCGCUCAGCAAGAUUAAGGUGCAGGCCGGCUGUUAUCUGCCCUCCAAUCCGGAGGCCAUGGUGCUGGAUAUCGAUUACAAGAGCGGCACGCCUAUGCAGAGUGCUGCGAAAGCACCAUACCUGGCGCGGUUCCGAGUGCGACGCUGUGGUAUUAAUGAGUUGGAAUCGAUGGCUCUGGCCAUAUCCGACGGCCAACAUUCCUCCACACUAGACCAGGCCAGCCAGUCCAGUAUGGGAGUCGAGUUGUGGCAGGCUGCUAUCUUCAAAGUGGGUGAUGACGUUCGUCAAGACAUGUUGGCCCUGCAAGUGAUUGGAAUUUUCAAAAAUGUCUUCCAGCAAGUUGGCCUCGAUCUGUACCUGUUCCCAUAUCGGGUAGUUGCCACCGCUCCAGGGUGUGGCGUGAUUGAGUGUGUGCCAGAUGCAAAAUCGCGAGAUCAACUGGGCCGACAGACUGACAUUGAUAUGUAUCAGUAUUUCCUAAAAACUUAUGGAGAUGAAACCACCAAGGAAUUUCAGAAUGCCAGAAGAAAUUUCGUCCGUUCAAUGGCUGCCUACAGUGUUGUCGGAUUUCUGCUCCAAAUUAAAGACAGGCAUAAUGGUAACAUUAUGCUCGAUGUUAAUGGACACAUCAUACAUAUUGAUUUCGGAUUCAUGUUUGAGAGCUCGCCGGGUGGAAACCUGGGCUUUGAGCCGGACAUAAAGCUGACCGACGAGAUGGUGAUGGUAAUGGGCGGCAAGAUAGAAGCGGCGCCAUUCCGUUGGUUCACCGAGCUCUGUGUUCAGGCUUAUCUCGCUGUCAGACCCUACCAGGAGGCGAUAAUCUCGCUGGUGUCGCUGAUGCUGGAUACAGGAUUGCCCUGCUUCCGAGGGCAGACCAUCAAACUGCUACGCGCUCGCUUCGCGCCCCAGUCGAGCGACAAAGAGGCCGCUGCCUACAUGAUCUCCAUCAUAAUCGGCUCCUUCAAGAACAUUCGCACGCGCACCUACGACAUGAUUCAGUACUACCAGAACCAGAUUCCCUACUAGAUAUAUUCACUACCAGUUCAAUCAAAUUUUACCAUUUCUCUCUCGUUUCAAAAACUUUCGAACUGUAUAUCGGGGCGAUUUGCUGGAUAAAUAUGAAAAUUGUAAAUCUAGCAACACGCCCUGGUCUCCGCGGCUUUGUUGGGCUUGUCUUGCGCCAUGACAAGCUACGCACAACGUGCGUGCGUGGAGUGAUUCAGUAUUAAGAUAAAGUUUCUGUUUUUUGAAAUUGCUGUAACCUCAGGGCUGGGAAAACUAGAUGUAGUUUAAUUAUUUAAUUGACGUAUCAUACACUGUUGGAGCUUAUCACUGGAUUGAGUCUUUUUCUCAUCAGUAGGUUCUUGGCUGCCUUUCACACUUGCAGUUUCCACCACAGUUUCACUAUGUGAAUCAUUUUCCAUUGAUUUUCCACUUCCUAUUUCAUUUUCAUCUACUUUCUCACUCUCAUCUACCUCUUCCUGAUCAUCUAUAUCCUUCAUUACAUUAUUCUUAUUCUUCUGAGUGUAAGUAUGACCAUUCUGA